AUGGCUAAUCGUGGAUCUGGCAAAGAAAGCAGCUUGUUUGCUGGGCUAUCCAGAACUGAAACCAACCUGCUCGUGAUGGCAAAUGUCUGCAUCAAAAAUGGCAAGGUUGACUACCAACAACUUGCUGCCUAUGUCGGAGUCAAGAUGUCGUCUGCUCAGACAUUGUUUCGAAAUGCGAAGCGCAAGAUUGACAAAAUGAUUGCGAGCGGCAACGAUGCAGCUGAAGGUAACGAGGGCCAGGGUGAGACUCCUGCCAAGAGGAGAAAGUCUGCUGUCAAGGCGAAGAAGCCUCGUACCCCCAAUAAACCCAAAGCCGCAGCUCCUAAGGCCUCGAAGUCUGCCAAGAAAGUGAAAUCUGCCAAAACUGCUACCGAAACUGAGACAAGCGAGGAUGAGGCCCUCCACAACUCUGCCCCCAAGCCGGUCAACAAGCGUACUGCCAAGGCUGCUAUCAAGUCCUCUGUUGAAGGCUCUGCCAGUGACGCCGCUGCGACAUCCGAUGAUGCAGGGGUGAUUAUCAAGCCCGAGGUCAACAAUUCCGAGGAAGAGGAGACAGAGAAUUCCAUGGUUGAGGCAUCUCCCACUGCAGUUGAAACCACCGAGCUGAUGGACAAGGCCAGAAUCGAGGACCAUGGCGAAGGCAAGAAAGGCCAUUUUACCGGCGAGCUCGAUGUCCAGGCCACUGAGGCUGCCCUUGACUGGGCUGUCAAGCAGAAACGCCCUUCUUCACCCUCGAUUUCUCCCUCGCCCGCAGGCGAGGAUGCAUAG